GCAAAUUUAAUUGGUUUCCUUCUGUGUUCUUCUAAUUUUGCCGAGCGGCAAGCGUUUAGUCGAAUUUCGUCCGAAGCUGCGUGCGGGCGUGAAUCUCUCUAAAGGCAACAAACUUUAUAUAAUUGUUAUCCGAACUUUAUUUAUUCGCCUUGCAUUAAUUGUGAUUGUAGCCAAAGAUCCGAUAUACACAGAAUGAGUGAAGCGAGUAACCCAGUUUCGAGCAUUGCUCCCUAUGUAUCCAAAAUAAGUGCUGAAAUCUAUCACAGCAUAGCCACCAGUUACAUAGAUCAGAACCUGGUCAUCCCCCUAUUGCUGGAGUCCAUUCUGGCCCUUUUGUAUCUGGGCUCGGAUGGAGCCACGGCCGAGGAGUUGCAGAAGUUGCUGCGGCUAAAGGAGCGCUUUCCCAGCAACGCCAAAAUGGCCAACUUUUAUGCCUCGGAAUUGGCCAACAUCUCGGGUGAUGCCGAUACCCGGUUACAGCUGCAAAACCGACUGAUGCUCCAGUCCAAGGAUAACUCCAGUGUGGCCGAGGACUUUCAGAAGAUAGCACAAACCUUUCAUGCCACAGCCGAGAGCCUUGACCUGGAGCAGACGGAGAAGCUGCGUCGCCAUAUCAACGAACAGAUCCUGUCCGGAGUGGGUGGAGGAACCUGGCAGCAGGUUCAGGUGGAGAGCAGUUCUGCUGCUAAAAUCCUACUCCUGCUGGCGGCGAAUCUGCAGAGUAAAUGGUUCCUGCCCUUCAGCGCCUACCGGACGGGUCUAUAUGAGUUCCACAGCGGCAACCAGGCGAAAUCGGUGGCCAUGCUCUUUGAUGAUGAUAUGUUUGUGAAGUUUGCGGAGCUGCGGGACUUGGAUGCCCGUGCCAUUGAGCUGCCGUACGAGCAUGCGGAGGAGUUGUCCAUGCUGCUCAUCCUGCCCAAUCAGAGAGACGGCCUGGCGACGCUGGUGGAGCAGCUGCGUGGCCAGGAUUUGGGCGCAGUGCAGCAGCGCAUGCAGAUGGAGGGAGUGCAGGUGCUGCUGCCCAAAUUCAGUAUCGAUUUCGAGUGCAGUCUGCGGCAGCCCCUAAAGCAGCUCGGCUUCGAGGAGAUAUUCGCGGCAUCGGCGAAUUUUAAGCAUUUGCAUCCCGCUGCCAAUCUGCCCGUGGUCGAUGUUCUCCAGAAGCUGCGCAUCAAUUUAAAUGAAUCUGGUUCCGGAUCCGAACAGCCACGCAUUGCAACAGAAUAUAAACCCAUUGUGAUCAGCAAUUCCUCCCGCCAGAAAUUCUUCCGAGCUGACCAUCCAUUUUUCUUUGCCAUCCGCAGUGAGAAUGUUACGUAUCUGGUGGGUCAUGUGGUUAGCUUUUAAGUUCACACGGGAAAGUGAAAGGUUUGUGCAAUAACUUGUAUGAAAUAAGUAAAAUACAACUAAUAAUUAA